AUGGCACCGACGCUCCCUUUCGAGUUGAAUGACCCCGACCUCCUACACCAGCACUCAUACGUCGACGGCAAAUGGGUGGAGGCCAAAUCCGGCAAGCGCUUCGACAUCAUCGACCCCGGCUCCGACAAGACCUGGGCCUCCUGCCCGGACAAUGCCGUCGAAGAUGUCGACGCGGCCAUCCAGUCCUCGUACAAGGCGUUCCAGGAAUACAGCACCGUCAACCCGCGCAAGCGUGCACAGCUUCUCAUGAAAUGGCAUGAGCUGAUCACGGCGGCCAGAGACGACCUGGCCAAGAUUCUCACCUACGAGACCGGCAAGCCCUUGGCCGAAGCGUACGGCGAACUCGACUACUCCCUUGGCUUCACGUGGUGGUUCGCCGGCGAGGCCGAGCGGAUCCAGGGGACCGUGUCUGUGCCGGCAGCGCCCAACAGACGGGUCGUCGUCAUCAAGCAGCCCAUCGGUGUCGCCGUGGCGCUGGUGCCGUGGAACUUUCCCAUCGCCAUGAUUCUCCGCAAGGCCGGCGCCGCCUUCGCGGCAGGGUGCACAAUGGUCGUCAAGCCCAGCCCCGAGACCCCUCUGACGUGUCUAAGUCUGGCGAAUCUGGCGACCCGGGCCGGGUUCGCGCCGGGUGUAUUCAACGUCGUCACGACGAGUCUCGAGAACACGCCCAGUGUGAGCGAGGCGAUGAUCCUGCACCCGCUCGUCAAGAAGGUCACGUUCACGGGGAGUACGCGCGUCGGCAAGAUCGUGGCCGGGCUGUGCGCGAAGAACCUCAAGAAAUGCACGCUCGAACUGGGCGGGAACUGCCCUUUUAUUGUCUUUGACGACGCCGACCUCGAUCAGGCCCUGGCCCAGUUCAUGGCGCUCAAAUGGCGGCACGCAGGCCAAGCGUGUAUCACUGCGAACCGACUCUACGUCCAGGCCGGCGUGUACGAAAAGUUUACGAGCAUGCUGGUCGAGAAAACACGGCAGCUCAAGGUCGGCCACGGAGCGGAAAAAGGGACGACCAUGGGCCCCGUCACGACGCCCAGGGGUCUCGCAAAAGCAGAGGAGCAGGCGGCCGACGCGAUCAAGAAUGGCGCCAAGUUACUGCUGGGCACCGGCAAGGCGCACAAGGGCGCGACGGACAAGGAAGGUGCCGGUCUGGGGAAGGGCGUGGGUGGCUAUUUCAUGGACCCGGUCAUCCUGGCCGACAUGAAGGACGGUAUGCUCUUGAGCAAGGAAGAGACGUUUGCGCCCGUCACGGGAAUAUUCAAAUUCGAAAAGGAGGAAGAGGCCGUACGUUGGGCCAACGAUACGAGUAUGGGGUUGGCCAGCUAUGCCUUUACGAAGAGCAUCGACCGGGUGUGGAGGAUGUUGGAGAAUUUGGAGGCUGGCAUGAUUGGCCUGAACACUGGCAACUCAUCCGCCGCAGAGUCUCCGUUCGGUGGUAUCAAGGAAAGUGGAUACGGUAAAGAAUCCGGCAAAGACGUCGCGGUCAAUGAGUAUUUGAUAUCCAAGACUGGCACCCUAACUAUUGACGGACAGUAUUGA